GGAGGUAUUGCCCUGGCUGCCUUCAUUAUUAUAUCAGGAAUAUCUGCGUUCUUCGUAAUCAAGAAACUUCAGUAUGAAUCUCAGCUCAACGACCAGUGGUGGAAAAUAAUGUGGGACGACAUUACGCUGCCGGGCAAGUCGCUCAGCAGGUCCAGGGUGAGCAUUCCUAGCCACAACGACAGCAGUUUGGCCAGCCAACCCUCGUUCUUGAAAUCAGUGUCCAACGUGAGCACUCUACAAGGGCUGAAGAUAUCGGGCGUCCAACUGGGGACUGUAAAGGGAAUACGAGUGGCCAUAAAGCCGCUGAACGUCAAGAAGAUUCACGUGAACCGGCAGCUCCUCGCGGAGAUCAAAAUGAUCCAUGACCUCACGCACGAGAACCUCGUUCGCUUCGUGGGUCUUUGCUUGGAAGAGCCCAAUGUUUCGAUCAUCACAGAACUGUGCACGCGAGGAAGUUUAAGGGACAUGCUCGAAAACGAAGAAAUCAACAUCGACUGGAUGUUCAAGUGUUCCAUGAUUACGGACAUCGUUGAGGGACUGCACUACCUUCACGCCACUGCCAUCCAAUUCCAUGGGAGGUUGAAGAGCACAAAAUGUAUAGUGGACGGACGAUUCGUGGUAAAGCUGUCCGACUAUGGGCUGCGGCAUCUCCACGCACAACUGCCUGAACCUGAAGACGAAAAUCCGAGGUCCAUGUUCUGGACUGCACCAGAGUUCCUGCGCCUCAAAGAACCCCGGCAACAUUCGUCGCAGAAGGGAGACAUCUACGCCUUCGCUAUAAUCCUCCAAGAGGUGAUCACCAGGUCGGGACCAUACGAGUCACUGGAGCGCAUCGGCCGCACCAGAUCGGUGAUGGAACCCGAAGAGAUCCUGGACCGCGUGAAGAUGGGCACGACUCCGCCGUUCCGUCCCGAGGUGUCGCCCGACGAGUGUCCCGCCGAUAUGCUACGUCUCAUGCGCGCCUGCUGGGCCGAGGCUCCCUCGGACAGGCCUACCAUCGCCGAAGUUAGGCACGCCGUCAAGAAGAUCACCAAAGGACUGUCGAGCAAGAACUUCUUCGACAACCUGCUACAGCGGAUGGAGCAAUACGCAAACAACUUGGAGUCACUGGUGGAAGAGAAAACGCAGUCUCUCUUGGAAGAGAAGAAGCGCACGGAUGAACUGCUCUAUCAACUGCUGCCCAAGUACGUGGCCGACGAACUCAAAAAGGGUUCGCACGUGCAGCCAGAGUCAUUCGAGUCUGUCACGAUUUUCUUCAGCGACAUUGUCGGAUUCACGUCGCUCUCCGCGGACAGCAACCCGAUGCAGGUGGUUACGCUGCUGAACGACUUGUACACCUGCUUCGACUCCAUUAUUGACAGGCACGACGCUUAUAAGGUGGAGACCAUCGGGGACGCCUACCUGGUCGCCUCUGGCCUCCCCAUCCGCAACGGCAACGAACACGUACGAGAGAUCGCCCGUAUUGCGCUGACGCUGCGUCACCAGCUGCAGUUCUUCAAGAUCCGCCACCUGCCCAAGAGAAAACUGCAGCUCCGCAUCGGCAUCCACUCCGGUCCUUGCGUCGCUGGUGUGGUGGGCCUCAAGAUGCCGAAGUACUGCCUGUUCGGCGACACAGUCAACACGGCCUCACGCAUGGAAACAACUGGAGAACCGCUAAAAAUUCACGUCAGCUCCAAGGCCAAGGAACUGCUGGACAACUUUGGAAACUUCCAACUCACACUAAGAGGCGAGGUGCAAGUGAAGGGAAAGGGCGUCAUGACCACCUACUGGCUGGAAGGGGAGCACAACUGGCAACCCGAAACAGAACAGUGAAGAAGCUAUUUCCCAGUUGUCAUGCAUCCUGUUAUCAGAGUCGAGCUCACUAGAGAAGACAC